CUCGUCAAUUAGGAUAACAAAUUAAUCUGUAUAUAUAAAUUUUGUGUAUAAAAGUGUUUGAAAAUGAAUAUGCCGAAUGGAAAUGCCAAAUCUAUGGAUGUAGUGAUUGUUGGAGGAGGUUUAGUUGGAUCUCUCGAAGCCCUUUACCUCGUGAAAAGAGGCCAUCGCGUGCGGCUCUAUGAAUACCGAGAAGAUAUCAGAAACACCCCACAAAUCCGAGGCAGGUCAAUCAACCUGGCCCUCUCUGUGCGGGGCCGCCGAGCCCUGAAGGACGUGGGCCUAGAAGAACAUAUCGUGAAGGACCAUGGAAUCCCCAUGUAUGCUAGAAAAAUACAUCGGUUGGACGGCUCCACGUAUGAAAUACCUUACGAUGCGAGGACUAAUCAGAGCAUUUUCUCGGUUGGCCGAAACUAUUUAAAUAGCGCUCUCCUCAAAGAAUCGGACAAGUACAAAAAUGUGGAAAAAUACUUCAACCAUAAGCUGGUCGAGGCAAAUCUAAAACGGGGAAGCUUACAGUUUUUGAAGACCGACACUAAAGAGACGAUAGAAGUGCAAGCUGAUCUCAUAAUAGGGGCUGAUGGGGCCUUCUCCGCCGUCAGGAGGGCUAUGAUGAAGGAACCACUGUUCGACUACAGCCAGACUUACAUUGAGCAUGGAUAUCUGGAGCUGUGUAUACCGUCUGAUCAAAAUGGCUCGUUUCAGAUGCCGGCAAAUUACUUACACAUUUGGCCUCGCGGUAACUUCAUGAUGAUCGCGCUGCCCAAUCAGGAUUGCUCCUGGACCGUGACUCUGUUCAUGCCGUUCAGUUACUUCAAGAACCUCGACUCGGAGGAAAGGCUGAUGGAAUUCUUCCAGCAGUACUUCCCUGAUUCCAUCCCACUUAUUGGAAAGAAAAAGUUGAUUGAGGAUUUCUUCGCGGGAUCCCCUUCCCCUUUGGUUUCGGUCAAAUGCCGCCCUUACAACAUUAGCGAGAAGGCGCUUAUCAUUGGCGACGCGGCCCACGCUGUAGUGCCAUUCUACGGCCAGGGCAUGAAUGCUGGUUUCGAAGACUGCACUAUUUUGGACCGAAUGUUCCAGAAGUAUGACGAUGACGUGGCCAAAGUGUUGGAGGAGUAUUCCCGGACUAGAUGGGUCGAUACGUUCGCUAUUAGCGAUUUGGCUGUUUAUAAUUAUAUUGAGAUGCGGGACCUCGUGACACGGCCAUCAUACCGCCUCCGCAAGGCACUAGACGACUUUAUCUUCUGGUUGCUGCCCGUCACCUGGGUGCCACUGUACAACUCCGUCACCUUCUCCACCAUGCCGUACAGCCAGUGUGUCAAAAACAGAGAGUGGCAGAAUAAGGUACUUUUAUCGACGUUCCUUGCAAUUGGAGGAAUGUUUACAAUAGCUACCGUUUAUGGUCUGAGAAAAUAAAUACGUGUUAUUUAGUAUUGAGAUAUAUCAAAAAUUCUAUAUAAUUGUACUAACAUACACAUACUAUUACUGCAAAAACUCGAAUGCAUAUAGGUACAUACAGUGUCUCGUUAUAUUACAGAUUUUUUAAAAGCUUUUGCACAAUUACUGCAGUAAAAUUUAUUAUAAAUGUAUUAUUUAUUAUUCCUAUAUACUUCAUUGUACUUAAUUACUGGCUUUAAUUAAGUUAGUCUGGCUUUAAUCAUGUUAACAAAAUAUUCAUAUAUUAUUUGUAGUACAAGUAUAAUAUUAAGAUUACCAUAAAAUCGGCGAAAAAUAAGAAAAGGGAAUAAAGUAACUACAUAUUGU